UGGGUCCUAAAUGUAAAAUACGCGGAAGCGACAGGCGGAAGUAGCCUCGACGGAAGCGGUCAGGACUGUCAAAGGAGGAAAAAAAUUGCAGAAUUUGACACAAAGAGGCUAAUCCCACCAAAUAUCACCGAUCUUUCCCCCCUUUUCCUCGACACCGGCAUCCGCUGCGAUGAUCCUGUUAGAAAUCAACAACCGCAUUAUAGAAGAGACGCUGUCUUUGAAGUUUGACGGCGCAUCCAACGGAACCAAACCCGAGGCCGUCGAUGUGACGUUUGCAGAUUUCGAUGGCGUCUUGUACCACAUCUCCAACCCCAACGGGGACAAGACCAAAGUGAUGGUCAGCAUCUCCCUCAAGUUCUACAAGGAGCUGCAGGAGCACGGGGCGGACGAGCUGCUCAAGAGGGUCUAUGGGAAUUUCCUCGUUUCAGCUGAGGCUGGCUACAACGUGUCCCUCCUCUACGACCUGGAGGCGCUACCAGCCAAUAAAGAUGAGGUUGUCCACCAGGCGGGCAUGCUCAAGAGAAACUGCUUCGCCUCAGUGUUUGAAAAGUACUUCAAGUUCCAGGAAGAGGGAAAAGAGGGCGAGAAGAGGGCCGUGGUCCACUACAGAGACGAUGAGUCCAUGUAUCUGGAGGCCAAGAAAGACCGAGUGACCGUGGUGUUCAGCACAGUGUUCAAAGACGACGACGACGUCAUCAUCGGCAAAGUUUUCAUGCAGGAGUUCAAAGAGGGUCGGCGGGCCAGCCACACAGCCCCCCAGGUGCUGUUCAGCCACAGGGAGCCCCCACUAGAGCUGAAGGACACAGACGCCGCUGUUGGGGACAACAUUGGAUACAUCACUUUCGUUUUGUUCCCACGUCACACCAAUGCCAAUGCCAGAGACAACACCAUCAACCUCAUCCACACCUUCAGGGACUACCUGCACUACCACAUAAAGUGCUCCAAGGCCUACAUUCACACACGCAUGAGGGCCAAGACGUCAGAAUUCCUCAAGGUGCUGAACCGCGCUCGACCCGACGCCGAGAAGAAAGAGAUGAAGACCAUCUCUGGAAAGACCUUCUCCCGCUGAGGCCCUACACCACCACCACCACCACCACCACCACCACCAGAUAAAUUCAAACCCCCGUGGAUAUGCCCAAACGCGCUACUCAACGCCGUGUUGGACAGGACUCCAGAUCGCCUCUAAAUGCCCCCGCCCAGCCCCAGAUACCAGUCCAGUCUUUUUCCUUUCCUUUUUUUUUUUUUGUUGAAAUUAAUAAUAAUGUUGGCUACUUAGGGAAAGCCAAGGCUCAAGAAAAAUGGAAAAAAGGGCAUUCCUUGCUUUGCAUAGUUAAAGAGAAUUAUUAGUCCUAUACAAAUAUAUAUAU